CAGUAGGGGGCCCCAUGAGAUGCCCCUGAUCAGCAGCCCUGAUGAUCAGUGCCCAGCAGUGCCUUGCACCAGUGCCCAGCAGUGCCACCCAUCAGUGCCCAUCAGUGCCACUCAUCAGUGCCGCCCAGCAGUGCCAACCAGCAGAGUCGCCAGUCAGUGCUGUCAGUGCCGCCAGUCAGCGGUGCCCAUCAGUGUCGCCCAUCAGUGCUGCCUAUCAGUGCCCAUCAUUGAUGCAUAUCAGUACAGCAAUAUCAGUGCCUCCUCUUCAAUGUCCACUAGUGCC